AUGGCGGCUGUUGCGAGGUGUUUUCCAUGUGCUAAUUUGCUUCGCUKUMCUUGUGCUUCAAGGCUCAACUUAAUAGAGAAUAGAUCAAUAGCUCUGUCAGUGAUAGCCGUAAGGCAUUACCGUGGUAGCAAUAGAGAUACAAGAAGAAGAGAAAGAAAUGAGAGAACAAGACAGAGAAAAAGAGAGGGAAAACAACAAAAGAUAUUUGACAAAAGAGAAUUUAUCAAGAUCAACUAUGACACAGAACUGUUUGCCUUCAAGAACAGACUUUCUCUUGCAAAUAUGGAUGAUAGCAGUCUGAAGAUUGCAUUGACACAUGAGUCUUAUAAUAACCAAGAAAGUGAAAACAACUCAAAACUAGCUUUAAUAGGUUAUAAUCUUGUUGGACAUUACAUCACAGAAUAUUUUUGUUUUAAGCAUCCUUCUUUCCCAUCUGAGGGACUGAGGUGUCUUUUAGACUUUCUAACAUGCAGAGAAACCAUAGUCAAACUUGCUGAAUCAUUCGCUUUACCUGAACUUAUCAGAACAGAGUAUGAUCUUGAUAAUUUAGAUCAAGAAAAACAUCUAGGUUAUUCAAGAGAUGACAUUGUUUCAGAUGCAUUUUAUGCUCUCAUUGGUGCUAUCUACAAGGAUCAGGGAUCCCAGGAGGCUAACAUGUUUAUCAGAGACUUUGUGUUAACACAUCUUCAAGGGGAAGAUCUUCACAGUCUCCUGAAGUUCAAAGACCCUGAAAAGUUAUUGAAUGAAAUUCUAUUAUCAGAAGGGAAGCCUAAGUCAGAACCAAGAAUCAUAAGAGAGAGUGGCAAGAAGACCAAUAUUCCUGUCUUUGUUGUUGGGGUUUUCUGUGCUGAUGUCAUGCUUGGUGAAGCUGCAAGCUACAACAUUACGAAAGCCAAACGCGAAGCAACACUCGCAGCUUUGAUGAAGCUCAUCCARCGUGACACCAAACAUCAACCCUCGUUACCGUCACACAAUGUCACGCUACAAAGCCUUUCAUGAUUAUUAAUUGAUUAAAUGAUCGCUUUUAUGAAAGCGAGAUCUUAACUA